CUCCUUAACACCCUCCAUAUUUAGAUGCGGCUGCCUUUGUGAGUGAAUGGCCCAUGUGCCGGCGCACGCAGCAGCAGCAUCGUAUGGAGAGGUGGGCGUGCUCUCUUUCUCCUCCCUUUUCCCCCACAUGCAAACAUUCCUGCUCGUCCUUCCCAAACCUCUCAUGCUUCCCUUCGCAGUGGGAGGGUCGCUUCUUCUUCCCCGCUGCCGAGCUGAGCGCAUGGAGGCGCAUUGCUGAGCUAGAAGGGAGUUUUCAGAAGGAAACAGGGUCCCUUUCCUCCCAAAAAAGAAGAGGAGUGAGGAAGCGUUGCGCCGCCAUGCCUUCGGAGCAGGGCCCUCCGUCCCAGGGGCCUCCAUCCAAACCAGCCAAGGAGAGAAGCAACCAUGCGGCCGCCGCCGUGGGGCUCCCAAAGGCAUCUGGACGGGCCCCCGAAGGGCCCGGGGCCCCUUUCAUUGCCAAGGCGGCUCAAGGGAGGAAGGGCGCCACUGCGGCCAGAGGCAACGGCAGCGAAGCGGAGAAGGACUCCGGCUUUUCAGACGUAAGCUCAGAGUACCUGAGUGCCGUGGACGCGACCGAUACGGAGGAUCCGUCGCUGUUGUCGUCAUCGUCGUCAUCUCCGAAGGCGCUGGCGAAGGGACCCUUCCCCGGAAUGGCCCCCGUUUACAUUGUCAAAAACGUCAUCCUCAAACAGCAACUGGAUUCCUCCUCGCCGGGCUCCCCGUUUUUGACUUGGAGCGGUCAGCACCCGAUGGACGCCUCCAUGAGUUCGGCCGCCCACAUCCUGCUCAUCCAGCCUCCGGUGUCGUCCUCCUUGAAGCCCCUUUUGUCCGGCCCGAAGCCCGCUUCCUCCAAGGAGGCCUACCUGCCCAUCCUCAGCGCCUUCCCCAAGAUCGCUCCCCAUCCAGGACCGGACGGGGCCAAGAAGAACAAGCGCUUCUGCCUGGAGGAUUCCUGGACCUCGUCGUCCGUGGCGAAGGAUGGGGAGCAGACGCCUCCGGAGACCCACAACGCCGUGAGCUCCUCCACCGGCUCAGACAGCAAAGCCGAAGGACGGAUGAUCUCCCGGGCUUCCAAGAAGUUGGGCUCGAGCAGCGCCGGGAAGCAGCGCCGCUUCCACAACACGGUGGAGAUCCUCCGCAAAUCGGGGCUGCUGGGCAUCACGCUGCGGACGAAGGAGCUGAUCCGGCAAAACAACGCCACUCAGAGGGAGCUGGCCGAGCUACGGGAGCAAGCCCAGCUCCUCUGCGAGGCCGUCCAGAGCAACGAGGCCGGGGCUUGGACGCGGCUGCAGGAAGCCAUGGACCGCUCGGCCGCUUAUUGGGCCAAAAAAGGCAACGGCAAUGCCAACACGAGACAAAGCAAAGAGUCCGAAGCGCAGGGCUCCGAUCCCAAUCCGGACGCGGCCUCGACACCGGCGGACUCGCCCAUGAACCUGACUCUCACGCCGGACAUUUCGGCGCCUUUGCCUUGACCCCUGCUGUUGCUUCCUCUCCGGACGAGGGGAACGUUACAUCACCGAUUCCUCGAGAUUGAGAAAAUGGUCUCUGUGAUCAUUGCGGCGGCAACGACCACCCUUUGCCCCUCUUUCUGGGCAAGGCUUUGACUGCUGGGUGCCGUCUUAGUUGCAGAUGACCGCCGUUAAAGGGUCGCCUCCAAACGAGAGGAGUCAAUGAUUCCUUGAUGAUUAAGAUAAGAGCGUCACGGCACCGAUUCCUCGAGAUUGAGAGUGUGUGAUCAUUGCAGACAUUGACCGCUGGGUGCCAGGUGACCGCCAUUAAAGGAUCGCCUCCAAACGAGAGGGGUCACUGACUCCUCGAUGAUUAAGAUAAGAGCGUCAAGGCACCAAUUCCUUGAGAUGGAGAGAAUGGUUUCUGUGGCUCAGAUGCAAAGACCAAUCCUUGACCCUCUUUCUGGGCAGGACUUUGACCGCUGGGUGCCGUCUUAGCUGCAGAUGACCGCCAUUAGUCUCCAAACAACAGGAGUGUUAGGUCACCGAUUCCUCGAGAUCGAGAGGAUAGUUUCCAUGGUCAUUGCAGCAACAAGACUUUGACCGCUGGGUGCCAGGUGACCACCAUUAAAGGAUAGUCUCCAAAUGAGUCUAUGAGCAUCAAGGCAUGGAUUAUUGAUUUUUGUGGUUGUCACAGCAGAAAUAGACCACCUCUUGCCCCUCUUUAUGGGCAAGGCUUUGACCGCUGGGUGCCAGGUGACCAUCACUGAAGAACAGUCUCCAAACUAGAUGAGUCACCUGAUUCCUUGAUGAUUAUGAUAAGAGCAUCACAUCACCGAUUCCUCGAGAUUGAGAUAAUAGUUUUCAUGAUUAUUGCAGCGGCCCUUUAUGGGCAGGACUUUGACCGCUGGGUACAAGAUGACCGCUGUUAAAAAUGUUGCACUCCAGACCAGGAAAAUCCCCUCUAACUUUAAACACCACACAGUUGAGUAGAAAUGCAAUCCUUUUAUUGAAGAUAAUUAAAAAGCAGUAAAAGUAAAAAGCACUUUAAAGGAAUAGGUAAAUCCAAUUAGGUAGGAAGAUAAGCUGGAACAAAAUAGACCAGGGAAUUAGUCCUUCAAAGUUCUUGAUGAUUAUGAUAAGAGCAUCACGUCACCGAUUCCUCGAGAUUGAGAGAAUAGUUUCCAUGAUCAUUGCAGCUGCCCUUUAUGGGCAGGACUUUGACCACUGGUACCAGAUGACCGCUGUUGAAGUGUUGCACUCCAGACCAGGAAAAGCCCCUCUGACUUUAAACACCACACAGUUGAGUAGAAAUGCAACCCGUUUAUUGAAGACAAUUAAAAAGCAGUAAAAGUAAAAAAGCACUUUAAAGGAAUAGGUAAAUCCAAUUAGGUAGGAAGAUAAGUCAGAACAAAAUAGUCCAGGGAAUUAGUCCAUCAAAGUUCUUGAUUAUUAUGAUAAGAGCAUCACAUCAUCGUACCAGAUGACCGCUGUUAAAUUGUUGCACUCCAGACCAGGAAAAUCCCCUCUAACUUUAAACACCACACAGUUGAGUAGAAAUGCAACCCGUUUAUUGAAGAUAAUUAAAAAGCAGUAAAAGUAAAAAGCACUUUAAAGGAAUAGGUAAAUCCAAUUAGGUAGGAAGAUAAGUCAGAACAAAAUAGUCCAGGGAAUCAGUCCAUUAAAAUUCAUGAAAAACAAAGGCAGAAACUUCUAUAGUAAAAUCCAAAAAACUGGAAACACGAAUCCAAGGCACUUAAAAACAUAAUCAUAAAAACCAAGAAUUAAAACCAUGAAUCUAAAGCACUUAAACAUGAAUCUUUCUAAAGCAAGGUUUCCAAUGAACAGGGACGAGAUCUUGACUUGAUUCCAAACAGUGCUUCAUCUGACUACAGAUCCUGUACUUGGGACUUUUAUCUCCUCGUAAAGCUGUGUCCCAAGCGGCUAGAAAUUGGUUUCGCUUUAGCCUUGAAUCUCUUAUCAUUACUUCUCUGAGCCUGGCAGAAUGCCUGAGCCACUGAUCUGCUUUCCUGUUUUGACUAAUAACAUCCUGUCUAUCUAUUUGCUCAUUAACUUCUGCAGAUGGGCCAGGUGCCAGGCUGUUCUCAAGCUCCAAAUCAUGGGAAUUCUCUGGGAACAAUUCAGGGAGCACACCAUCAUCCCCACACCCACCAGGGACAUUCUCAUGAGAAAAUACACUUUGAACAUGGGUCUCCUGGUCAUUCUUUGCAUCAGUAUCAUUAGAAACACCAUUACCUUCAUGAAGCUCAUUGUCAUCAUUCCCUACAUCCAAAGCACCCUGAUCCUUAAACACAACAACAGGCUGAGCUCCGACAUAAAGGAUAGUCUCCAAAUGAGAGGAAUCACCGAUUCCUUGAUGAUUAAGAGUUUUUCCUCGUUCUGUCUGUGAACGCACAUGUAGGUUUUAACCAUGCACAGCAAUUUGGAACAUUCUAGCUCUUAAUAGAGUUUUAGGUGAUGCCCCGCCCAUCCUCCCAAUGAUAUAUAUAAGCCCAUGGGCGGGGCUAUGCCUUAGUUCCUUUUUCCGCACCAGCAGCAGCACAGGAAUUUUGCUCUCCCUCGUUCGCACCGAUUCUUGGUUUCUGUGGUCAUUGCAGCAGAGAAGACCCUCCCCCUCCUUGCCCCUCUUUAUGGGCAAGACUUGACUUCUUGGUGCAAUCUGAGAUGCAGAUGACCGCCAUUAAAGGAUAGUCUCCAAACGAGCAGAGUCACCAAUUCCUCAAGGAUUAAGAUAAGAGCGUCAAGUUAUUGCUUCUUGGUUCCUGCGAUCAUUGCAUCAGGAAAAACCACCCCUUGCCCCUCUUUAUGGGCAAGACUUGACCGCUGGGUACCAUUCGAGCUGCAGAUGACCACCAUUAAAAGAUAGUCUGUAAACAAAAGGAGUCAUGGAUUCCUCAAUGAUUAAGAUUAGAGCGUCACGGCACCAAUUCCUUGAGAUUGAGGGAAUGGUUUCUGUGGUCAUUGCAGCUGCUUACCUCUCUUAUUGACCUCUGGGUGCAAUUUGAGCUGCAGAUGACCACCAUUAAAGGAUAGUCUGUAAACGAGAGGAGUCACGGAUUCCUUGAUGAUUAAGAUAAUAUUCAUUUACAUCGAGAGAAUGGUUUCUGCCCAUCAAGAGAGGCUUUGACCACUGGGUUCCAUUUGAUAAGCAAGUCUUGACCGCUGGGUACAAUUCAAGCUGCAGAUGACCACCAAUAAAGGAUAGUCUCUAAACGAGAGGUGUCACUGAUUCUUUGAUGAUUAAGAUAAGAUUCAUUGACAUUGGGAGAAUGGUUUCUGCCCAUAAAGAGAGGCUUUGACCACUGGGUACCAUUUUAUGAGCAAGUCUUCACCGCUGGGUGGAAUUUGAACUCCAGAUGACAUUAGUCUCCAAGCAGCAGGAGUGUCCGGUCACCGAUUCCUCGAGAUUGAGAGAAUAAUUUCCAUGAUCAUUGCACCGGCCCUUUGUGGGCAAGACUUGACCGCUGGAUGGAAUUUGAGCUGCAGAUGACCACCAUUAAAGGAUAGUCUCUAAAUGAGAGGAGUCACCGAUUCCUCGAUGAUUAAGAUAAGACUCAUUGACAUCGAGAGAGGCACCAAUUCCUUGAGAUUGAGAUAAUGGUUUCUGUGGUCAUCGCAGUGGCAAAGAUAACUUCUUGCCCCUCUUUCUGGGCAAGACUUUGACCACUGGGUACUGUCUUAGCUCCAGAUGACCGCCAUUAGUCUCCAAAUAACAGGAGUGUCAGGUCACUGAUUCCUUGAGAGAGAAUAGUUUCCGUGGUCAUUGCAGCGGCAAAACUUUGACCGCUGUGUGCCAAGUGACCACCAUUAAAAAAUAGUCUCCAAAUGAGAGGCGUUACCGAUUCCUUGAUGAUUAAGAUAAGUGCAUCAAGGCAUGGAUUAUUGAUUUCUGUCAUCCUCACAGCAGAAAAGACCACCUCUUGCCCCUCUUUAUAGGCAAGGCUUUGACCGCUGCGUGCCAGGUGACCGCCACUGAAGAAUAGUCUCCAAACCAGAGGAGUCACCCAAUUCCUUGAUGAUUAUGAUAAGAGCACCACGUUACCGAUUCCUCAAGAUUGAGAGAAUAGUUUCCAUGAUCAUUGCAGCUGCCCUUUAUGGGCAGGACUUUGACCGCUGGGUACCAGAUGACCGCUGUUAAAGUGUUGCACUCCAGACCAGGAAAAGCCCCUCUGACUUUAAACACCACACAGUUGAGUAGAAAUGCAGUCCGUUUAUUGAAGAUAAUUAAAAAGCAGUAAAAGUAAAAAGCACUUUAAAGGAAUAGGUAAAUCCAAUUAGGUAGGAAGAUAAGCCAGAACGAAAUACACUAGGGAAUUAGUCCAUCAGAAUUCUUGAUAAUUAUGAUAAGAGCAUCACAUCACCGAUUCCUCGAGAUUGAGAGAAUAGUUUCCAUGAUCAUUGCAGCGGCCUUUUAUGGGCAGGACUUUGACCGCUGGGUACCAGAUGACCGCUGUUAAAGUGUUGCACUCCAGAUCAGGAAAAUCCCCUCUAACUUUAAACACCACACAGUUGAGUAGAAAUGCAAUCCAUUUAUUGAAGAUAAUUAAAAAGCAGUAAAAGUAAAAAGCGCUUUAAAGGAAUAGGUAAAUCCAAUUAGGUAGGAAGAUAAGUUGAGUCACUGAUUCUUGUUUUUUGUGGUCAUUGCAUCAAGAAGUAACAUUCUUUGCCUCUCUUUAUGGGCAAGACUUUGACCACUAGGUGCCAUCUUAAACUGCAGAUGACCACCGUUAAGGGAUAGUCUCCAAAUUAGUAGAGUCUCCAAUUCCUCGGUGAUUAAGAUAAGAGUGUCAAGGCAUUGAUUCCCGUUUCCUGUGGUCAUUGCAUCAGGAAGGACCACCCCUUUCUCCUCUCUAUGUGCAAGACUUUGACCACUGGUUGCCAUCAUAAGCUGUGGAUGACCACCAUUCACUGGUCACUUCCUCUCAUAUCAUACUCUGGGCUAAAGGAUAUUGUCCAAACAAGAGUGACCGUUGGGUCAUCGAUUCCUCAAGAUGGUCAAACCACUGAUUCCUUGGUGGUUCUGGGUUUUUGUGGCCAUUCGGUCAGCAAAGGUCAUUGCCUUGUCUCCCUUUAUGUAUGGACAAGAGCUUGACCAUCUUAAGCUGUGGACAACCACCGUUCACUGGUCAGCGAACUCCAGCAUUUGGGACGGAGAA